AUGGUGGCCCCCGCGACCACCACAGCGAAUGCGCAAGCGAACAAUCCUCGUCAGCGGCCAACUGCCUCAUACCCUUCGUACGGUCACAAUGUACCUCUGAGCGCUCGACGGUCUGCCCCAUUGGAUCUUUCGACCGUUGAACGGCGCGGUCAGCCAAGUGCGACUCGAGAACCAACAAAUCGCGUUCGUGCUCAUGGCCUGCCGGAGGCCCCUACUUUCCGUCCUACCGAAGAAGAAUUCAGAGACCCGAACGAAUACAUAAGAAAGAUCGCACCCGAAGGAUCUAAAUAUGGCAUUUGCAGGAUUAUUCCUCCAGAGAAUUGGAAUCCUCCAUUUGCAGUCGAUACGGAAAGAUUCCAUUUUAAAACCCGCCGUCAAGAAUUAAACUCAGUCGAAGGAGGUACUCGGGCGAAUUUGAAUUACCUCGAUCAGCUCGCAAAAUUCCAUAAACAACAUGGCACCAACCUCAACCGAUUUCCUAGCGUCGACAAAAGGCCUCUCGAUCUAUAUAAACUCAAAAAAGCGGUCGAAGUUCGAGGUGGCUUCGAUCAAGUCUGUAAGCUAAAGAAAUGGGCUGAAAUCGGUCGCGAUCUGGGCUAUAGUGGCAAGAUAAUGUCUUCGCUUUCUACAUCGCUGAAAAAUUCAUAUCAACGGUGGCUUCAGCCUUAUGAAGAGUAUCUUCGUGUCGCCAAACCUGGCGUACAACAGCAGCUGGAAGUUGAACAAGGUGGGCCUUACACACCAUCUCCCAAUCGUUCGCCGGUAGCGAAGCGACCAAUGUCGGCUACUCCAUCGAAUGCGCGCCAAGAUUCUCCUGCUAUACGUGCUUCAAACAUUCUUAACGCUUCGAUUGAGACCGACAAUGUGCCACAAGAACAGCAAGCUCCUACAUCGGAGAUUCCUCUCCGCCCAACACCGGGUUUUACUGCUGUGAACCGGCCGGGAGGCUUUACGCCUGUGAACCGUUCGCCAUCGUUUGCUGCGGUUAACCACACUCCGCCGAUCAAACGAGAGAACGAAAAUGGCUCUUCCACCCCGAAGAAUAUCGCUCCGUAUCCGGGUAAAGAUAAAGCUGAUGCUAAAAUAACGCCACUCACCAACGGGCAUUCCUCGCAUCCGCUUAAACGUACCAUUAGCCAUGACAGCCUUGCUGCUGACUCGCAAAGUGACUCUGUUGAAUUGGACGCUUCAGGCCGAAGAAGCAAACGACUUCGAAAAGAUGGUGUACCUACAGUCGCUGGGUCUCACAUGAGUCUUCUCCGUCCUACACCGUCCAAGGGAAAAUCAAAGAGUGGCACGCGUAGAGUAGGCGAGAAAUGCGAAGCUUGUGGAAAAACAGACAAUCCCGAGACUAUCUUUGUGUGUGACAGUUGCGAGAAUGGCUACCACAAAGCUUGUCUCGAAAAUCCGCUGAACGCCGAUCCAGACUAUGACUGGCACUGCCCGAAAUGUCUGGUUGGUACUGGCGAAUUUGGCUUCGAAGAAGGUGGCGUGUAUUCGUUGAAACAAUUCCAAGAGAAGGCCAACGCUUUCAAAAAGAGCUACUUUGCUCCUCGCAUGCCAUUCGACCCUGUCCUGAAUACACAGCGCCGUGAAACCGAGGACGAUGUGGAACGUGAAUUCUGGAGACUCGUUGAGAGCCUCACAGAGACGGUGGAGGUUGAGUAUGGAGCUGAUAUUCACUCUACCACCCACGGCAGUGGUUUCCCAACAGUGGAAAGGAAUCCGCUAGAUCCGUAUUCACAAGAUCCUUGGAAUUUGAAUGUACUACCGUUCUACGGUGACUCCCUCUUCAGGCAUAUCAAGUCCGACAUUUCAGGUAUGACUGUGCCAUGGGUGUACGUUGGGAUGUGCUUUUCUACAUUCUGCUGGCAUAAUGAGGAUCAUUAUGCCUAUUCUGCCAACUAUCAGCAUUUCGGCGCUACCAAGACUUGGUAUGGCAUACCCGGAAAGGAUGCUGAAGCUUUCGAAGAAGCGAUGCGACAGGCAGUCCCGGAACUUUUCGAAACACAACCGGACCUUCUGUUUCAGUUGGUAACUCUUCUACCACCCGAUCAAUUGAAAAAGGCUGGCGUAAACGUCUAUGCGCUUGAUCAGAGAGCUGGCCAGUUCGUUAUUACCUUCCCCCAGGCGUAUCAUGCUGGCUUCAAUCAUGGUUUCAACUUCAACGAGGCCGUUAAUUUUGCACCGACAGACUGGGAACCAUUCGGUGCUCUUGGGGUUGAGCGGUUGCAAGCAUUUAGAAGACAACCGUGUUUCUCACAUGAUGAACUGCUAAUGACAGCCGCAGCUAGAGAUACAUCCAUUAAGACCGCCAAGUGGCUUGCACCAGCUCUAGACCGUGCGGUCGCUCGUGAAGGAUCCGAUCGUGCAUCUUUCCUUGAUCGCCAUCGGGGAGCUGCUCCGCAUCAAUGUAAGUUCAGCGGAAGUGAUUGGUCUAUCGAUGCAGAUUGUAAAUUGAAGUAUGUCGUCGACGAGGAGGAUCUCCCCGAAGAUGAGUACCAAUGCCAUUACUGCAAAGCUUAUGCCUAUCUUACUCAAUUCCGCUGUGAAAAUACCGGGAGAACCGUAUGCUUGAUUCAUGCCGACAUGUACGACUGCUGUAACGAACCACUGGAGCAAAGGAUGCUAGGUCCAAACCACACGUUGCGAUACCGAUCCACGAAUGACUCAUUGUCGGCCCUGGUACAAAAGAUACAAGAUCGCGCUAGGAUACCCGAGGCGUGGACUGAGAAAUUGGACAAGGUGUUGGAGGACGAAGCGAAACCUCAGCUGAAGGUCCUCCAUAGCCUCCUAAGCGAAGGUGAGAAGAUCCCUUAUCACUUGCCCGGCCUUCAAGACCUGGCGGCUUUCGUUCAGCGGUGCGACAAGUGGGUAGAAGAAGCCAACAACUAUAUCACGCGAAAGCAACAAAACCGCAGGAAGAAUGAGAAAGCCUGGCGUAAAGGCACUUCCAAAGCCGCACAGCUUGAAGAACGCGAUCGUGAGCUUCGCAGAGUGGAAAAUAUCCGCGCUCUACUUUCAGAAGCUGAUAUACUUUCCUUCGACUGUCCACAGAUGGCGGCCCUGAAAGAGAAGACCCACGAAAUCGAGAAAUUCCGCCUGGAGGUCCAUCUCGCCCUUAGCACCAACGUACAAACAGCCACCCAGAUUGAGGAGUUAGUCGAAACCAGCCGAAACUUCAACGUGGAUUUGCCCGAGGUCGAGAAACUCGAAACCGUGCUUCAACAGAUAAAAUGGAGGGAGCAAUCUCGCGCCAAACGUGACCAGCACCUGACACUCGAAGACGUUCAUCAAUUUAUCCAGCAAGGCGAGGAAUUGGGUCUUACAGACAAUGAUCCGGAUCUGGCGCAUUUCAAGGAGCUUCGUCGGUCUGGCGAGGCGUGGGAAGCCAAAGCCAAGGAGCUGAUAUCUGUAGAAGCCGUUCAUUAUGUGCAGUUAGAAGCUUUGUCUGCCCAGGCAUCAAGAUUUCCUGUAUCUCCCGAAACUCUGGCUCAAGUCGAGGCCAUUUUGACCAAGCAGCGCGACGCUCAGAACCAUAUCCGGUCGCUCUACGAACGUUCCAAAGAUGCGGAUAUUCGCAAACGUCCUAGCUACAAAGAAGUGCGAGAAUUGAUGGAGUCAUUAGAACAACUCAACAGCAGACCGAUCGGAGCUAUCGAUCUCGAACGCGAGCAGAAACAUCACGAGGACUGGAUGCGAAAGGGAAAAAAGCUCUUCGGAAAAGCUAAUGCACCGUUACACAUCCUUAAAUCUUAUAUGGAGGUUGUUGAAAAAAAGAACGCUUCCUGUUUUGAUUUAAAUGAUCGAUUUCGCCCACCUGUUGAACCUUCUUCACGCGACAAUACUCCCGAUCGUAUAUUGGAGAAUCCAUCCACAAACUGGUUUGAGGCAAAAUCACGGAAGCGAGAUGUUUUUUGCAUAUGCAGGUUACCGGAAUCUGGAAUGAUGAUUGAAUGUGAAUUAUGUCAUGAAUGGUACCAUGGCAAAUGCUUGAAGAUCGCCCGAGGAAAGGUCAAGGAGUUCGACAAGUACACAUGCCCAAUCUGUGAUUGGCGACGAAAAAUUCCGCGUGAUGCCGCGCGUCCCAAGUUGGAAGAUCUGCAAGACUGGCAGGCGGAAAUUGCUACCCYACCUUUUCAGCCGGAUGAAGAGGAAGUUUUGAAUAGCAUCGUGAAACAAGCCACGCAAUUCAGAGAGUUCCUUCAAAGUUUUACAAAUGCUGCCUGUACAACCAGCGAGGAGGUCCCCACCCUGAUAUUUUAUCUUCGCAAAAUCGAGGGGGCGGAAGUGUUGCUUGCUUAUGAAACCAACUUCUUCCGUCAGGAGAUUCAUAAAUGGGCACCGGUAGCCCCUGACCCGCCUCCAAUCUUGGAGCAGUCCCUUUCAACACGAAAACCGCGUCCCACAAAGAGUCAAAAGAUCAUGGCGCAAUUAGGGGUAGACCGUGUUGAAGAUCUCCCUCCUCACCUUAGACCAAAGACCAGUCAAGCCGGCAAGCGCAAGUCAAUGGACGCAACCCAGUUGGGUCGCGCACCACAGCCUGGAGGCAGCACGACGGAGUACCAAUCCGAUACUCCUGGAGAUAACGGAACGAGCUUGGAGAAUUCGUCGACUCCCUUUUUCUCAGGCAGCUACGCCAACCUUGGCCAGGAUUCUAGUCCAUCAUUCCGAUUAUCAUCUACUCCAGAACCUGGUCCCGCUUUACUUCCUCAUGCUAGUAGCCAUACUGCAACAUUUCCGUCGCGUGCUUCGCCACACGGACUGGAUCAGCCUCUGUUUAGCGGUCCUUCUGUUUUUCGUGAUCCCCAGGAAAGUGUUUCGGGGGUUGGCAUCGAUGCUGGAAAUCCAUUCAGUAGCAGUCCACCACGGCAAGAGAUGACUGAUGUCUUCGCUGAGUUGACAAAUGACGACCCGGAGAGCGUUGAACCAAUGGAAAACACCCAUGCCAACGAGGCGCUCGAGGCUCUCGAUGUCAGCAACGGGAGCGAAAGACAUGACUCAACCAAUGAAGGCGAUGGUGAUAUAUCUGGACCGGGUGAUGACGUUGAAAAUCACGAUAGAGACGGCGAUGGCUUCUAG